ACUUGACCUGUUCAACAAACGAUUCCCGCAACGUGGAUCUUCCUGCCAAAAGUCCGGCAAGCAUGCCCUCGGAGCUGUCUCUGCUCAAGAGCAUGCUGGGCAAUGUGAUACCCGUUGUGCAACGCUCUUUCUCGCAACCGAACGUGUCACGACCGUGCACCGGAGGGCUUCUCGCACUGUCCAGGGGCCUUCUCAAGAUGGACAUCGCGGCGUGGAGGUUUCUGGACGCCACCGGGAAGUUCCCGUCAGGACUGUUAGAAGGGUCCACGGCUGAUCUGGGCGCUUACGACGAGUGCCUGGCUUCCAGGAUCGAGAUUUCCGAGUUCAACAGCGACUCGUUCAGCGGCCAGUAUUGCAGCGUAUUUUUUAGGCCACAAAGGUCGAAGGUUUUGGACCGCCUGAUUCUCCAACUGACCCGGUACCCAGUCGUUAGGAAGAGAUUCAACUUAACUACGGUGCACAAAGCUCUCAAGAAAGGAAGGAUUCAUGGCUUGAGGUUCGGCCUCUGCGUCCCGUCUGUCUGCAAAAAGGCUGAAGUGGAGCUGGUGCUUGGAUCACUAACUCAGAUGAUGGGCGUGACAUCGUUCGUGGCUGGAUGUCGGUCAGAUGAACCGGAACAGUUGAAUGCCGUUCAGAUCGCCUUUGUCGCUGUAUUCGGCGUCCUGCUUUUCCUAUUGACUGCUGGAACCUUGGUAGACACGUUCUCAAGGAUGCAUAACAAGCCUGCGUCGGAUGAUAAGCGCCGAAGUGCUGGACGUUGGACGGAAUGCAUGACAGCUUUCUCCGCAAUCAGCAACACGGAAUCGCUCCUGAAGGCCACAUCCCCAGAGCUGGUCUGCUUCAAGUGCCUCAACGGAUUGCGCUUCUUCUCUGCCGUCUGGGUUAUCCUCGGGCACAGCUACAGCGUCCUCGAUCCACACAUUCUGGGGCGAGGAUUGGGAAUUUUCGAAAUGACCCACGAGAUUCUCUUCUGCAUAAUCUCCAAUGCUUACCCCAGCGUAGAAACCUUCUUUGUUAUCAGUGGCUUUCUUCUGGUGCAUAACCUCCUUCCGAAGCUCAAGGAACAGCGCCGAAAAUUGACGGUGCUUCUGAUUGUCGAAGUUCGACGUUACAUCAGGAUCACGACUCCGAUGAUGUUCCUGCUGGGCCUGAUCUUCUUGUUCCCGUUGCUGGUUCACGGUCCGGCCGCGGACGAGUGGCUUCCCGUCAAAAUCGAGAAGUGCUACCGGAACUGGUGGGCCAUUCCGCUCCAUUUUAACAACUGGCUGACGCACAAGGACAUCUGUGCUGGACACCUGUGGUACCUGGCCUGCGAUAUGCAGAUUUUUACGGUUGUGGCCCUGCUCUGUGUCCUGCUCGCAAAAAACGUGCGGGUGGGGAUAGCUGCCAUGGUUGCCAUUGCGGCCUCCUGCAACAUCUUCAUCGCUUACUUCACCCACUCGGCUCAAAUUGGGCCGUCACGGGUCAGUUCCGGGGGAGAUGUCACCAAAAUGAUGCAGGCUUUGGAUCUGAUCCACCAGCGGCCAUAUCCUCACGUGGCUUCUUAUGUGACUGGAGCUUUGGUAGGAUUUGUCUUCCUGAAGUACCGCCAUGUGCGCCUUAGGCAGGUGACCCGUUUGGGCCUCUGGCUGUGCUCGACGGUGUUCUGCCUGUACGGCGUGUUCGGCGCGUUCAAGUGGCAAAAGGGAGCCCCGCCCACCGGCGUGGACGUGGCCCUGUUCAACGGAGUGCACCGGACGGCAUUCGCGAUGGGCGUAGCCUGGGUGCUCUACGCCUGCGCUUCGGGUCAGGCAAAAAUCAUCGACCGGUUCCUGGCGUGGGAUGGCUUCGUGCUUCUAGGGCGACUGACCUUCUCGGUGUACCUGGUCCACUUCCUCGUCCUGGUCACUUCGGCAGCGAUGGCGAGAGAGAGGAUCUACAUGGCUCACUGGUUUCUCGUGCCUGGGGUGGCGCUGCUAGUCACUGCGGGGCGUGGAGGCCGGCCAGGCAGCGUUUAGCAAGGCUAACUUGGGGCGUGCCGGUGUGACUAUUUCUUUUUGCUUUGCGUUGUGUGGGAAACAGCCACACAAUAUUGUGUGGCUGCUAGCUGUGCGGAAGAAACAAAGGACUCACAACGAUGCCAAAUACGGUGAAGAAAAAGACAGCGGUGGUGUUUUGUGUCUGUGUGCAACGUGGGUUACAACACAUGUAAAGAGAAAGACUCCUUGUUUUGGGGCGCCGAGCGACGCCUUUAUGUCCGCGGAAUGGGAUCGUCUGAUUACAAGGAAAAAACAAAACUGAU